AUGAAUGAUGAGAGUGGGAUUUUGAUAAUUUCAGGCGAACUGGAUAAUUUUGGUCAUGUUUUAUUUGCUAACUCAAGAGCUUCUAAAAUAAUGAAAACUUCAAUUAGCAGCUUAGAAGAGAUCAAUAUAAUGAAUUUCAUUCAUCCUUAUUAUUGAAAAAGUCUAAAAGAAGAAAUGCAAUGGCAUAUACAUUAUGGCUCAAGCUCUGAAAUCGAUCUAACUAAAGGCUUUUUUUUGAAUAUUCCUGGAAAGCAUUUAAUAGAAUGUGCAGGGAGAGCAAUAAUUACUUCAAUAGAGAACAAUGCUGUUUUUAUAUUAAGCUUUCAAUUAAACAAGCCAAAUCUUCAAACUGCUCUUUUAACAGGGACAGGAGAAAUUUUAUGUUAUUCAGAACACUUUUCUCUAAUUUUUGGAGAACCCAACGAAAAUUUGAUAGGCUAUAACAUUAAAGAUUUAUCCUCUGAAGCAGAUAUAUAUAGUUCAGGAGCAAUUUAUCAAUUAAAAAAUAGAGAGACAGUUUUAAUCAUAUCUCAUGUACAAUUUCACAAAUUAAACGUCUUCUCUGCUACCCUCAAAAAUAAAGAUGAACAAAUUCAAAGGUGAAAAAAUGAAAAUAGUGAUUACAAAGAGAAAAAAUUAAUAAAUAAGCAUCUUUUAGUCCCAGAGGAGUAUAAGAGAAUUGCAAGACAUUUUCAAAUAACAGAAGAUAAAAAUAUAAAUUCAAAAAUAAAACUAAUUGAGACAAACUCCAAUGAAGAAUCAGAAGUCAUUGAAAUCAAUUCUUUUAGCAGAUCAUCAGAUGCAAAAUCUCAAUAUCAGAGCCAGCAAAGGUACCUCAAAAUUCUAGCAAUUUCUUCCAGGUCCAUAAAUAUCUUUGAUCUUGCCUUUAUUUUAUCAGUAAUUUUUAUAUAGAUUAUAGCUGUUUUAGCUACAAAUAUUGUUGUUCUCUUUUAUGCUUUUUCAUAUAUCAAUUUCAUAAAAUAUAUUGAUUUCCCAAUGGCUAUAGCUAAAGCAGAAUCGAGAUUGCAAAUUGCAGCUUACACUGCACAGCUACUAUGAGUAAUUACUGCUAUAAAUGAUCCUGCCAAUGAUCAAGAUCUAAAAGCAGUGCAAAGCUUAUUACCAGGACAUAUAGAUGAUAUAAGAGACAUUUAUAUGGAUAUUGCUGCUGGUUCAUCGAGAUGAAACUAUUGCUCAAGCAAAAAAAUUUUGACUGAAAAGAAUAUUAAUGUAUGGGACUCUGGGCAUGCAAAAAAAGAAAGUUUAUUGGAUAUGUUGGCUCAAUCAGCCCAAAAAGUAUAAAUUAUAUAGGGAUAUGAUUUAAUAAAUAAGUAUAAUAACGCUGAAGAUUAUACAAAUGGGGUUAAAUUUUUGAUGAUGAAUGGCUAUGGAGAUGGAUUUCAAUAUAUUAAUAGUUCGUUAUAUGAAGUAAUGAAUUGUCAAAAGUCAUUGAUGCUUGAUUUUAAAUCAGAAAUGCUUGCACUUCUUAUACUGGGGAUCUGAGUUCUUAGCUUAUGCCUUUGUUUUAUGGUCCCAUUUGGCUAUUCUUUAAUUAAAAUUGAAAACGAUCUUUGGAAUAAUUUAAGAAAAAAAGCAUUUCAAAAUUAUUCUGAAUUGAAACAUUCACUUUUAGGAAGGCUAAAAAGUGUUUAUUCUGAACCUGAAAUUCUCAUUAGUAAUAAAAGCCCAUCGAAGACAAUAGUUAACUUCAAAAAUUAUUGAAAGUAUAUAUGAAGAAUUUUUAUAUAUUUUAUGAUGGUUGAAGCAUUUUCUUUAAUUAACAUUACUUAUCUUUAUGAAAAUUGCACAAAUUAUUUAGCUUAUAGGCCUGAAGUAAUUCGAGAACUAAUUGGUACCAAAAUAGUUUUAAAUGCCUUUAUUAUUGCAACAACAGAUUUACAAUAUGAUGUUGUAGGUUUUCCAUUAAAUUAUUUGAUGAGUAUGCAUAAUUAUCCUAAUAACCAAGAGACAUUCCAAAAUUCUAUAUCAUGGCUUAAAGAUGCGAAAUUAAUAUUAAGAAAUCCUAAAUAUCGACCAAUUCUAUCAAACAAUUACGAAAAAAUGAUUUAUGAAAGUGAUGGCCAACCAUAUACACACUAUUUAGAUUAUGGUGCAUAUUCCGCUGAACAAGAAUUAAUAAAUUCUGGAUAUCUCAUUGCAGAUUUUGAUGUAACUGGUGAAGAUACAUAUAGAAAUUGAGUAUACAACAUUACACUUUCUCGAAAUAAUUAUGAUAAAUAUAUAAGUGAAAUUGAUACUUAUUCUCACAGCGUUAUUGAGGAUCAAGUAAACAUUAUAGUUGGAGCAUUUUAUAUGUUUCUUAUCUUAUCUCAUCGAUUUUGAUAUAUUUUAUGCUUUAUUUCUUAUUUUUCAAAAAUGAAAAGCAGUAUUUGCAGAGAAUAA